AUGUAUGAAUUGUUGUAUGCAUCAGCAGCGUGGGCACCCACAGCGAAAAAGAUGGGGGUCCAAAAGAGGCUUAACACCGUUCAACGGGGUUUUGCCCAGAAGAUCUGCAGAGCAUAUCGGACUGUCUCCCUGAACUCUGCGAUGCUGUUGGCUGGGAUUCUCCCUCUUGAUCUCAGGAUACUCGAAGCUUCGAGGCUUUAUGAGAUCAAGAGGGGUGUGUCGCACCCGGCGGUGUUGAGGGACAGGGAGGUGGAACGAAUGGCACCCGCGAUUGAGGACCCACAUCCGGCAGAGCAGGUAGAGCUGGGGUUCGGCUUGGUAGAUGAGGACACCUAUGCCGACGUGGUUGACAGCCACGUCCACAGGGUCUAUACGGACGGCAGCAAGAUUGAGGGUCGCGUUGCAGCCGCCCUUUCCGUAUGGAAAGGUGAGGCCGACACAAAGGCCAUUAAGCUUGCGUUGCCACCGUAUUGUACCGUCUAUCAGGCUGAGCUCCUAGCGCUCAAAAGAGCAGUAGACAUAGCCUGCAAGAGCGGAGCGGCAAAGGUCGGUGUCCUCAGCGACUCCAGAUCGGCACUCCAGGCGGUUACCCUGAGUUCCCCUCAUCCACUGGCUGUGCAAACACGGGCCCUCCGAAAAGCUGCAUUGCAGAGGCGGGAGGUCUCCCUGUUUUGGAUUAAGGCGCACGCAGGGCUUAAGGGGAACGAAUGGGCAGACGAGUUAGCCAAGGAGGCCGCCCUGGGGUUGAGGAGGAAACCGGAUUACGAUCUGUGUCCUGUUUCAUUCGUCAAGCGUAUUUUGAGACAGGAUACGAUCAGCGAAUGGGAUAGGAGAUACGAUGUAGGAGGAACGGCCGGAGUCACGAAGCUCUUUUUUCCAAGCGCUGCUGCUGCAUACAAGGUAGUCAGGAAAAUAGACAUCACACACCACACCACACAAGUACUGACCGGUCACGGCGGAUUCGCCUUCUACUUGAACAGAUUCAAGCUGAAGGAUAAUCCGUCGUGUCUAUGUCAGCCUGGAGUUGAGGAGACGUUAGAUAUGACUCUCGGCAGUUCAGAGGGUUUCGCUACUCUUUCUGGUUCUGGACUACAUUUAAAUGCUGAUACAAGCUACUUCUGUAAAAAUUGA